UCUGUGGAACUCCAGCAGUCGUCGGUGUACUAUCGUGCUUGACGGUAGUGAUAAUGGCGGCUCCGGCGAAAAAACGUGAUGUCUUGCAGAAUUUGCACGAGGAACGCGAUGAUGAAGAGGACCGCGACUCAUCCGUGUGCGAGGACGACGAAGAUGGACAGGGAAUGGAGAUUCAGGUAGAUUUUGAGGGCCGUAAUCCACAGGAUCCAGAUUACCAUGGAAUCAAAAUAUUGCUGCAGCAACUUUUUCUCAAAGCUCACAUUGACUUGGGUGGACUCACCGACUUAAUAAUAGCACAAAAUUAUGUGGGGUCUGUCGUUAAACAGUCCAAUGACAUGGAAGAGUCUGAUGAUGAUGCUGAUGAUGAUGAUGUCAAUGAUGUGUUUGGUAUUACAACUGUUAUUAAUGUCUCAGACAGGCAGAAUCUUCCUUGUAUACAACAGCUUAGAGAUUUAUUGAAGCAAUUGGCGAGUGAACACGCCACGGAUCCUGCCAAUGCCAUGAUAAAAAACGUGCUGGAAAACGAUGCUGCUCAGUUGGGUUUGCUCAUCAACGAGAGAUUCGUCAACAUUCCGGCCCAAAUCGCGGUGCCGCUGCUCGAGAACUUGAUCUCCGAGGUGAAACGUGCCACCAACAAAAACAUGCCAUUUAACUUCACCUACUACAUACUUAUCUGCAAGUUGUACAAGUGGGAGGACAACAAGAAGAUCAGUAGGAAGACGAAAAAUAAGAAUAAAAACGCCGACAACGAGUCGACUAUAUUGUGGAGCAAUAGGGAAGAGGAGAUUUUCGCGGAAGAGGCGACCAUUAGUUUCGAAUUCUCCGUGGAAAAAGACUCGGAUACUGGUUUGUCCGGCAUGUGGACUGAGACGGACGAUGAAAUGGUACCUUUCAGACGCGUUCUCCUUUUUGAGGCUUCGAAAUUGCAAUCUAUCAUUGACAAAAUAAAGAGCCAGGUUUCUUAAUCGUAUACACGCGAGUGGGAGUAGCAUCGUCACUGCUGGUUUCCCCCUUCUCCCUGCGAAACUUCCUUCUCGCAAUAGAACGGAAGGAAAGGAUGUGCUUUUCAAAGACAAUUUCUUUUAUAUCUCGUGUACGACAACGUGUAAUUGUGAUGGCACGUGUAUGGAGUGCUUUAUGUAAUACACCUACAUAAAACGCUUACUGCAAA